AUGUGAUGCGGCACGUGACGCAGCCACGUAAGGCCGCUGCGCUCACGUGAUGCGGUCCCGGAAGUUGACCGGGCUGCGGAGCUUCUGGGCUGCAGCUCCUGGAGUUUUCGAGGUUCGUGCGUGUCUGGUGGCGGCGGCGUGAUGUUCUCGGCAGGAGCGGAGAGUUUGCUCCACCAGGCCAGGGAGAUCCAGGACGAGGAGCUGAAGAAGUUCUGUUCCCGGAUCUGUAAACUGCUGCAGGCGGAGGACUUGGGGCCGGACACCCUCGACUCCCUGCAGAGGCUCUUCCUCAUCAUCUCAGCCACGAAGUACAGCCGGAGGCUGGAGAAGACAUGCGUAGACCUGCUGCAGGCCACCCUCGGCCUGCCUGCAUGCCCCGAACAGCUCCAGGUGCUUUGUGCCGCCAUCCUGCGAGAGAUGUCCCCCUCUGACAGCCUCAGCCUGGCCUGGGACCACACGCAGAACAGCCGGCAGCUGAGCCUGGCGGCCUCCGUUCUCUUGGCCCAGGGUGACAGAAACGAGGAGGUCAGAGCCGUGGGCCAGGGCGUGCUGCGAGCGCUGGAGAGCCGGCAGCCUGAGGGACCCAGCCUCAGACACCUCCUCCCCGUCAUGGCCAAGGUCGUGGUCCUCAGCCCGGGCACCCUCCAGGAGGACCAGGCCACCCUGCUCAGCAAGCGGCUGGUCGACUGGCUGCGCUACGCCAGCCUCCAGCAAGGGCUCCCGCACUCCGGCAGCUUCUUCUCCACGCCCAGGGCCCGGCAGCCGGGCCCCAUCACCGAGGUGGACGGGGCAGUAGCCACAGACUUCUUCACGGUGCUCUCCACCGGCCACCGCUUCACAGAAGACCAGUGGCUGAACGUGCAGGCCUUCUCCAUGCUGCGGGCGUGGCUGCUGCACAGCGGCCCCGAGGGCCCAGGCACCCUGGACACAGAUGACAGGUCAGAGCAGGAGGGCUCCACUCUGUCGGUGAUCUCCGCCACCUCCUCUGCCGGCCGCCUGCUGCCGCCCCGGGAGCGGCUUCGGGAGGUGGCCUUCGAGUACUGCCAGCGCCUCAUUGAGCAAAGUAACCGACGAGCCCUGAGGAAGGGGGACUCCGACCUGCAGAAAGCUGUAAGUGGCUGGGGACCAGGGGAUGGGAGGCAGCGACUCGGCCCAUUUGAUGUGGUCCACGUCCCGCAGUGCCUGGUGGAGGCUGUGCUGGUGCUGGACGUGCUGUGCCGGCAGGACCCGUCCUUCCUGUACCGAAGUCUCUCCUGCCUGAAGGCCCUGCACGGGCGGGUGCGCGGGGACCCGGCCUCUGUGCGGGUGCUGCUGCCCCUCGCCCACUUCUUCCUGAGCCACGGGGAGGCAGCUGCAGUGGACUCGGAAGCCGUCUACCAGCACCUGUUCACCAGGAUCCCGGUGGAGCAGUUCCACAGCCCCAUGCUGGCCUUUGAAUUCAUCCAGUUCUGCAGGGACAACCUCCACCUGUUCAGCGGGCACCUCAGCACCCUCAGAUUGAGCUUCCCCAACCUCUUUAAGUUCCUGGCCUGGAACAGCCCACCCCUCACCUCCGAGUUUGUGGCACUCCUCCCGGCCCUGGUGGACGCUGGCACAGCCCUGGAGAUGCUGCACGCGCUGCUGGACCUGCCCUGCUUGACGGCGGUGCUGGACCUGCAGCUCAGGUCAGCACCGGCUGCAUCCGAGAGGCCACUCUGGGACACCUCUCUCAGGGCCCCCAGCUGCCUGGAGGCCUUCCGGGACCCGCAGUUCCAGGGUCUUUUCCAAUACCUGCUGCGCCCCAAGGCCAGUGGCACCACUGAGAGGUUGGCGCCACUCCACCAGCUGCUACAGCCCAUGGCCGGCUGUGCCCGCGUGGCCCAGUGUGCCCAGGCCGUGCCCACGCUGCUGCAGGCAUUCUUCUCAGCAGUGACCCAGGUGGCUGACGGGUCCCUGAUCAACCAGCUGGCGCUGCUGCUCCUGGGCAGGAGCGACUCGCUCUACCCGGCCCCAGGGUACGCUGCCGGUGUGCACAGUGUGCUGAGUUCUCAGUUCCUGGCCCUGUGUACGCUGAAACCCUCCCUGGUGGUGGAGCUGGCAAGAGACCUGCUGGAGUUCCUGGGCAGCGUGAAUGGUCUCUGCAGCAGGGCGAGCCUCGUCACCAGCGUGGUGUGGGCCAUCGGCGAGUACCUGUCGGUGACCUACGAUCGGAGGUGCACCGUGGAGCAGAUCAACAAGUUCUUCGAAGCCCUGGAGGCCCUGCUAUUCGAGGUCACCCAGUGCCGCCCCUCUGCUGCCCUGCCCAGGUGUCCCCCCCAGGUGGUCACCGUGCUGAUGACCACGCUGACGAAGCUGGCCUCCCGGAGCCAAGAUCUGAUCCCCAGGGCCUCUUUAUUGCUGUCAAAGAUGAGGACCCUGGCUCACAGUCCAGCCACCAGCUCCACGCACAGCGAGGAGGGCGCAGAAGCCAUCCGUACCCGGGCCACAGAGCUGCUGACCCUGCUGAAGAUGCCCAGCGUGGCCCAGUUUGUGCUCACACCCAGCACGGAGGUGUGCAGCCCCCGCUAUCACCGCGAUGCCAACACGGCCCUGCCCCUGGCCCUGCGCACGGUCAGCCGGCUGGUGGAGAGGGAGGCCGGCUUCAUGCCAGGGUGAAGGGACAGUGGCCAGGGACUUCGGUGCAGAUUAAGAGCCUGGGGCGGCCAGCUUGCUACUGAGGCCAGGCUGAUAGGAGCUCAGGAGGCAAGGCCCACGGUGGGCUUGGCACCCUCAGAGACACGCGGGGCUGGCCCCCCUGCUCACCCUCUGGGCUUUGUCUCCGAGCCUUUUGCUCCCAGGCAACACUGAGCUGAGCUGAGGGGAACCAUGGAGCAGCUCUGAUUGGAGGCUUGAGGCCCUGUGGCUGGGUGGAGGCUGCUGGGUCUGUUUCCUAGUCUUUUGUUUUUGGACAGUUGAUGGGCAAGAAGAGCUGCAGUAAAAGUAAAUCUCCUUUAAUAAG